AUGAUAGGAAGAGCCGACAUCGAAGGAUCAAAAAGCGACGUCGCUGGGACCCCCACCCAAGAAAACCAGAGACCCCCACCCAGGACAACCAGGAACCCCCACCCAGGAAAACCAGGGACCCCCACCCAGGAAAACCAGGGACCCCCACCCAGGAAAACCAGGGACCCCCACCCAGGACAACCAGGGACCCCCACCCAGGAAAACCAGGGACUCCACCCAGGAAAACCAGGGACCCCCACCCAGGAAAACCAGGGCUCUCACCCAGGAAAACCAGGGACCCCACCCAGGAAAACCAGGGACCCCCACCCAAGAAUACCAGGGACCCCCACCCAAGAAUACCAGGGACCCCCACCGAGGAAAACCAGGGACCCCCACCCAAGAAUACCAGGGACCCCCACAGAGGAAAACCAGGGACCCCCACCCAGGAAAACCAGGGACCCCCACCCAGGACAACCAGGCACCCCCACCCAGGAAAACCAGGAACCCCCACCGAGGAAAACCAGGGACCCCCACCCAAGAAUACCAGGGACCCCCACCCAGGACAACCAGGGACCCCCACCCAGGAAAACCAGGGACCCCCACCCAGGAAACCAGGGACCCCCACCCAGGAAAACCAGGGACCCCCACCCAGGAAAACCAAGGAUCCCCAUCCAGGAAAACCAGGGACCCCCACCAAGAAUACCAGGAACCCCCACCGAGGAAAACCAGGGACCCCCACCCAGGAAAACCAGGGACCCCCACCCAGGAAAACCAGGGACCCCCACCCAGGACAACCAGGGACCCCCAUCAUAUGUCAAGAUUUUUGUUCUUGUUGCCUGA